GCAACCUCAAGCUCAUUGCCAUGGCUGCAGCUUCCAAGAAGUCGGCUGUCACCUUUGUCCAGUGUGUGAGAUCUGCCCUCUUCUUCUUUCAGUUUGCUUCAGUCAAAGCUGACGGAAAGUUGUUUGCCCUUGGACCCAGGAAUGGCUCCCAGAGUCUGGACUUCGCCAUGGCUCAGCAAACAUGUGCUGCCCUAGGAGCUCAUUUAGCCAGCCCAGAAGAGCUGAGGAAAACAAUUAGAGAUUGCUCUUUUGCUGUCUGCACCACAGGCUGGCUGGCUGAUGGCACGGUCGGGACAACUGUGUGCAAUAAGACAGGCAGCAAGCCACAGAGUGUGAAAGUGGUUGAUGUUCAGAUUGAAAUGGAUCCCUCUCCAAGUGGCAGAUACAAUGCUAUUUGUGUGAAGGCUGAAGGUAAACCAUGUGGGGAUCCUCCAUCUUUUCCUCAUACCAUUCUGCAUGGACAUACUGGGUUUGAAAUGGGAGAUGAAUUGCACUACAUCUGUGCCCAGGGAUAUGCCAUGAGUAAUAAGGAUACAGCUUUCACUCUGCUCUGCCAUACAUGUGGGGAAUGGUUUGGUCAAGUCCAGGCUUGUGUCAAAGAUGAAACUGAAGGAUAUAUUGACUAUGAAGAUAAUUUUCCUGAUGACCGAUCUAUGCCUACAGAAGAUCAAGAACACAAUAUCAAAGAGACAGAAGAAAAAGGACGUGAGCCAGAAAAAGCCACAGACAGUGGUACCAGGACUCAUUUUGCUGAUGGUGAUAAUCACAUUGGCAUCAAAAUUAUGCUGAACGAACAGGACACCAAGAUUAUUUAUGAAGGUGAAAACUUCCCUAUUGGACCUAUUAUUGUGAAUAAUGAUACAAAAGCAGCAAAACGUACAGAGUCCAAUGCAGAUGAGUCCUGGCUAGAUGGUUACCCUGUUACUCAAGAAGCAAUGGAAGAAGAAGAAGAUGAUGACGAAGGGGAUAAAACGGAUGGGUCGAUGGGGAGAGAAGAUGACAUUGUCACUGACCAACGGGAUUAUGAUGGAAUUAGAAAAACAGGGGGCAGCAACCUAGAAAAGGAUUUAAUACAGCCUGGGGCAGACUCGCCACUGAUUUAUGAUGGUAGGAUUGAAACAAUAUUAGUAACACUACUGCCAACAAGUGGUCUAGGGAAUGAAAGUAUAAGUAAACGCCCUGAGGAUGUCAUACGUUAUGCCACAAUGACACCCAUUGGAUUAGUCACUCAGGAGCUAGCAUCCAUAAGUACAGUUACUACCUUGAACCAGGAUGUGGUGGACAGUUCAGCAGUGCUCCAUGCCACUGACCACAUACCAUUGCCAGAGGAAGAAGAAAUUAUGACUUUCCCAAUACAAGCAGUUGCUACUGUGUCUUCUCCAAAUCUGUUUACCACUAUUGCAAGAGAAGCUCUUACCUAUGGGCGAGAUGGAAAGCUCUCGACCACUUUUGAACCAUGCAUGGGAGGUGAUUGUUCCAGCCCAGAUAAAGGUCCCAUAGUAGCCAUUACUGUGACUGUUGUGUGCUUGCUUUUACUUGCCACAGUCUUGGCCGUGUGGUGCUUCAAGAAACGGCAACAGAAGACCUCUGUUUAUAAAUUGAAUGGGAAAGAACAUGCUAGGCACCAGCUGCAACAGAUUGAAAUGCAGAAAGUCUAACCUAGCAGACAUGUAAAAGACAUGUAAAAGAAAGAGUAGGAGUGAGAUAAACUGAAUGCAAAUGGAUACAAUGAUCCACAUUUCAGAAAGCAAAAAGAGAAAACCUGUGCACAAAUAAGCAGGACUUAUAGCUAUCUGAAAUCACAAAGAAUGGAUAUCAGCAUUCAUUUAUCUAGCUAGCUAUGUUUUUAACCAUCCAUAUUCUUGAAGGCAUCAAGAUGGUCUAGCUUUCUGAAACAAGUGAUCAAUAAUAGCAAUCGUGGCUGGAGAAUUCUGGGUGCAGAGUGGGUAUCCUGCAAAUUGUAAAGCAUGGGAAACAAUAUUGGUGCAAGACGGAAAAAAUGUCUUUGGAUUAUUUGCUUUAUCGUUUUUGAAUGGGAAUAGAGUUGCAUAGACAUUCAAAGUCUUGGAGCAGCUCCACCCUUUGGAUACCAUUAUGGGUAGGGAGAUGAUCACCAUGAACUCAUCACCAUUUCUUUACCAGAACUUUGGCAAUAAAAAAGUAAUUUUUUCUGUAUAAUAUGAAGUAACUCUUUAUAUUUGUGCCAGAGCAUGUACACAGAGAGGAUCUUCUAUGCAUGGACUUGAAGU